AUGUAUUUAACGAAUAGACUCCAUGUAGCUGUCCGUCUCUCUAGUAAUCAUCAGAUAACAUCAAAAUGUGGUAAGAAUCAAAAAGUGGCACUUAGGGCACAGUUAAGUGAGUCACUGAUGUUCUUACUAAAACUUUUACACGUAACACAUCAACAUUCCACAGAUAUGAAUAAGUAAAACAAGCGGAAGUCCCUACGAUGCAUGAAAUGUAAACAAACAUUGUUUCCCUUUAAAAUUAUUCAAUUUCAAAACUUCAGCAACUGUAAACAAGCAAGAGAGGUACAAGUAUAGUACCAUCACGUGCAAAUCCUUUUUGGAAGGAAACCAUAGCUUAUAAUUACCUUUCAGAGAAUAUGUCUGUGAACGUCUCCAUGUCAACAAGGCUUCGCGAUUUCUGAAGAUUUCGUCUUUUUCUAAUUUUCAUUCAUUGUGGCCUCUGGAUUAAGAUCCAUUCUAGUCAAUCGACACCAGCGGAUUGUCUGAGCUUCCUGCAAAUCAGACAAAACUGAUCCGAAAUCGACUUUUCAAAUUACUAUCCGUUUUCCACUUGAUCGAGCUUUGAAGACCACUCUUCGGUCUACGACUCGAGCAUGACACUCUUUUGUUGAGAUAUCGAAGCAUUAAUCAAUGUGCAAAUCUUUCUAUGAUAGUUUCUGGCCAGUUUGUUCCAUUUUUCCCGAAAAAAAGACGAAAUCUGAACGACUUAUUCCACUAACAAACGAUCUACAAACUGUCAAUUCAAAGAAAGCGCGUCUAUCGAAAAGGCAACCAGGCCUUCUAUUUAAUUGCCAGGUUGCUUGGAAUCACAACAGAAUAUGGCGUCCCUAAAAUUAAAUCAAAUGGUUUGUUUUGUCUUUUUCUUUUAGGGUAUUCAUGUUUUUCUUAAUCUUUUGUAUCAAUUGCAGAUAAUUUUAAUGUUAACCUUUAUUUUUCCAAGACUAGGUAUGGUAGUAAUGGGCAUGCUUUUUGAAGGUGCGAAGCGAUACUUUCCAACAAUUGACUUUAAAUUUGUUUUUGUUUAAUCAAGGAUAAAAAGAGAUUGCAAGGAUUUCUAAACGAGAUGUUGAGAGUUGGAUGUUUGAAGGUACAAAAGGAUUGUCUUGAGGCCGUUCCUGAUUGUAUUUUAUUUGAAUAUAAACAGUGCGAUGAAUGCUUACUCUUUUAAUUUGUAAUUAAUUUAACACGAGAUCCUUGGUCUUGCAUGUGUUUGUUUCGUUCCUCUUUCUAGGGUUUCAAAUAUUUCGCUCUCUAUCUACGAGGUCGAGAAGAGUUAAUAUGCAGAGUCCUAAAUGAACCUAUGGUGAGAUACUUAUGUUUUCAAAGAGACUUGUCAAUCUCGACAAUGUAAUGAUAUGUUGCAAUGUGGAAAUUAUUUUGAAACAUGAAUAUCCCCAGGCAUCAUGACUCGAAUCGACCAGCUCUCUAGGCAUUAUUUUAUGUUGGCACAUGAUAUCCUUUAGAGAUAAGCCUCCAGGGAGACAAGAAAAAUCUUGCCUUUUGAUUGCAGAAUGGGACCCUUCUGCACCUUUGACUCCUGCAUUCCAUCCCAUAUUAGUUCAGACUGCUAAUACACAUGAUGAAAUAAUUUUUAUGCAAUCUUUGUUUUUUUCCCAUUAUCUUCACUGUCUUCUCAUUGUCUGAUCCCCCCGCUGCCUAUUCUCCCCAUGAUCCAAGUCCAUUGUUCUCUUCCACUUAAAAGCUGACAAAAGUUCUUGAAGUUAACCUAAAACUGUAUGUUAUAUUAAUGUUCUCAAUUGGCAAAAAGUCAUUCAGGGGAAUAAUAUUAAUAGUAUACGAGGUAAUUAAAAGUGGAAAAUAGAAGACUAUGUUUUUUGUCUUGCUUACUCCUUUUGAGUAUUUUUAUUUUGGUCAUUUAGAACCUCAGUGCUGAUCAAUUUUAUUUUUGCUGUCAACUUCUUUAAGUCUCCAGAAAUCUGGUCAUACUAUACUUCACCUUCUUCUGAAAAGACGAGAAAAGGAACACUAAGUUUUACAUUUGACGACCAGGCCAGUUUACCAAGGAAUGAGUAAGUAUCCAAGGUUAGGAUGAUGCUAUAAUAUUUGUGAUUCGAUUAAGAUUUGUUUGCCUUCUUCUGAAAAGAUGAGAAAAGGAACUCUAAGUUUUAAAUUUGACAACCAGACCAGCUUACCAAGGAAUGAGUAAGUAUCAAAGUUUAUUGUGCUGUAAUAUUUGUGAUUUUAUUAAGUUUUGUGUGAAAAUAUGGAUCAUCUUUGUUGAAUGAGAGACUGAAUAAAUCUCUUGAAUAAAAUUGAAUUUUUUUAAAGUUUAAAGACUUAAUUUUUUGAAAUCUAUUCUCCAAGUCAGACAUUCCAUUCUUCUUUAUAGACAAUCCUUAAUCAUGUCUGCAAACACUCAAAGAAGGUAACAAAAGCUCAUUAAUUCACUCUUUGCUUUUUUUGCAACAGUUCUAGAUGUGCCUCUUAAUUAAAUAUCUUUCAAAUUUUAAAAUUUAUUCUAGAUAACACUCAGAUGCUUAACAAAUUUAUUGCUCAUUCUAGGAAUAUUAAUUUCAAUUAACUUAAAGUAACCUUUAGCUCUACUAAAUGAUUCCCUCUUCUAACUAUUUAGAAUAACCUUCUAAAUUGCUUAUUGUACAAGAGCAUAUUAAACUAUUUCUUAAUGGCAAGUACAUGUUUAGUUUUGUGAAAUGAGAUAACACCCUUUAGCUGGAAGUUGUUUGUAUAUAGUUUCUCAAAUUCACCUGUUUUCUCCAUCAUAUGUAGAGGUUCAAGAUACAAAAUAACUUCUCUCAGUUACGAUAAAUCAAUUUUUGAGUCUCACAAUAAUCAGUCUCACUAAUAUAUAAUUAUACCUAUCAGCAGGACUCAGUUGUGCAAAGGCUGAUUAACAUUAACCCAGGGUUAAAUUUUAACCUGGGUUUCUUUAUCCCUUUGUUCCAAAGCCUUCCUCAUAUAAUUUUCUUCAUUCUUUAAAGGGUAUCCAAUCAUCACUUUGUAGACUAAAUGAAUUGUACUUAAUCUUUUUUUAAAGCUUUCAGAUCUGAAAUCAGAUUUCGCACAAACCCUUGGUUAUCUUAACCCAGCUUUGAACAAUGCGGCCCAGACUGUCAGACUCUAUGUACAAAUAACAUGUUAGUAUGAGUGCAAGGCUUGUGCAAGUUUUGCUUUGGCAGCCUACAAAUAACAAUAAUGUCAUUUCUGUUGCUCUUUGUAUAGUUUAAGUGGAUAUGGUUUCAUGGAUAUCGGUUUACCACCAGCGAGUCCUAGUGAAAAAGAUAUUGAUUUAAAGGUAUAUGGUAUAUUAAUAUACUUCAACAUAUAUUACAAGACAAAGAAGUCAUCUUGUGAGUUAAAAGGUCAAUGUCCAAAACACCUUUUCCACCUUUUAACUGGCUCUCAUGAAAGCUAGCUAGGCAAAUGGUUAGGUUAUCUCAGUCUAAAGUCACAUUAGAAAAAUAUCACCUGAAUAUUUGCCUAACUUUCGUCAAGUUAAUAAGAAUCAAAUUUAUGGUUGAUAGGGUGUACAUUUAGAUUUUUAAUGGUUAAAAGUCAGUUAUCAGCAUUGCAAAUGACAAAGUGGAAUGUCAUUCUACCACAAGAAUCCAGAGAAUGAAAUAAUUAAUAACCUCUUCGUUGAAGGAUCAGAUACUUAAUUAUCAAUUAGGAUUAUUUGCAUCAAGUACCUUUUUAUUAUUAUUUUAGGAUGACAAAUCAACCUUAUUCCUUAUUGCUACUUAUGCUCGGUACAGCUGUCCAUAUGUGUGGGUGAGUGGAGGCUUACAAAUGUCAAACUACAGUAUUGUUUGUUUUCUUUUUAAGAUUCUCUCUAUUUCUGAGUGAGUUAAACUCUCAAGUUUGCAAAUAUCACUCUUGUAGGCUUCAAAUCAACUAAAGAAAUACGAAAAACAGAGUUAGACAUCACAUUCAUAUUUCUGAACACAUUUACUCCAUUUUGAUUUGUUUGAAAACCUUAAGUAUUGUAUCUUUAGGGAGGCCAUUCAAAAUUCACAACAAUAUUGGCCAUUUAACUUUAAAGACAACCACAUGUAGAAGCAGAAAAUGGUAAGCCUCUGGGUUAAACAAUCUAAAGCAGGCAAGAUGAGUCCAUUUUGUCUGCUUGGUUAGAGCAAAGGAUUUUGCUUGCUUGCAUCUAGUAAUCAUGAGAUUGAAAAAUUGCCCAAAAUACAUGCUUUAUGUUGUAGGUAAGAUCAAACCAUGAGAGACUAGUGGCACUUUCUAAUGAUUCUGGCAAAGAAAAACUGAAGGAUAGUCCAUUGAAACUUAAGUCCACAGCAGAAUGGAAACAGAGAGGUAUAGCUGUAUGUUGGUCAUAGAGCACAGUAUAUGUUCACCCACUGUCAUACAAGACAUCAACUUGCUCAUUACUGUAACAGUAAAUUGUAAAUGAACUAAAUGAAGUUAGGAAAAUGUUGAUGGAAGCCAAAGGCCUAGAUAGAUCUCAGUUCUCUUGACAGAGUUGAAUCAAUAAUUCACAUAUAUGUUUAAGAUCUAUCAGUGUUAUGCUAUAGCGAUAAUUAUUUUAUUUGUCUUUAGUUUUGAUGCAAUGGAAAAAUUGCCAGCAAGAAUAAUUUGGAUGUUUGUAACCAAUAAGAAUGUAGAGAAUGUCUCAACAUUUUAAGGAAUGUAUGAUUUAUGGCAAAUACAUCAUGGUGGUCCUGACUGCAGCAAGAACAAAACAAAAAUCACAGACAUGUAUCUUUCGAAUAAUUUGGUCUCAUAUAUUUUACCUAUUCAAGGAUAGACAAUUGAGUGAACUUUUUAUGUCAGAGUUAUACAUUAACUCUUUAGACCUGAACAUCAGUAUUCAUAUUCUCCAUACUGUUUUCUGUACAUUUACUAAGGUUCUGACAAGGAGAAUUUGUCUAACAAUCAAGAGUUUCUUCACUUGCUGAUCAUUUUCUUUAUUCCCAUGAUAAUAAUAUGUGAUUCAGUGGUGAUUUUGUAAGGAGAAGUCAGAUGCUAGUCUCUCCUAGGGGUUAAAGGGUUAAUUUUAGUCAGAUAAUUCAAAUUUAGAGUUGUCUGUUUAACAGGUAGUCAUUAACAACACACGUAUAUACGUCCUCACAUAAAGCUUAUUUUUCCAAAUCAGACAGCAAACUCUGGGACAUUAUUGCUGAGAUUGUAAAGCUGUGUAUGUAUCCAGCUCCACUCAACCCAUUUGCCAUUGAUUUCAAGUAUUUUGAAGGUCUGCCAUUGGUUCAAAGAGUCAUUGCAACUGGUGCCAUGGCUCAUUUCUUGCAGAAGGUUGUAGCAUCUGGUGACCAUGCAUACAAUGCCAGAGGUGAGGAAUGGAGAAGAUCCAUCAUAUGUGUUUCUUGAUAGUUACAUAAGUUUCAAAAGUCUAGGACUGACUCAAUAGAGAUUACCAGAGUUGCUAAUAAAGGACAAAAGAAGCUAUCAAAGUUGUGUAAUAAGCUGAAUCCUACACACAUCUUGAGUGGUUCUUGUGGUCUGUUGGAGGACAGAGGCAUGGACAACAUCACCAUUCUUUUUUUUGUUAACAUGUAAGACAAAAAGAUUCCAGUCUGUACAGUCAUAGUUCAGAGAAGAAGCCAAAAUAUGGUAAGAACAUAAGUGAAACAAAAGGUGCACUUUUUUGUUUGUACCAUAUUUUGAUGUUAUCUGUGAUCUAUUAUAAUUGUACAAACACAGAGCACCAUAGAAUCUAUUUGUUAAGUGAAUCACCUAGUGGAUUACAAUAUAAUUCUGAAGUGCUGAUCUGCCAAGCCCUUGUGGUGUAUACACCAUGCUCAAAUGAAGGAAGUAAGGAUCAUUUAUCCAUUAUUUGCCCACAUUUACCACUGACUAUUCCACCCACUUAACAUUGAAAGUCUGACAAUUAUAAAAUCAGUCGAGUACUUCCCAUGUCAUCAGACAUCUACCAUAUUCAAAUCUGUGUUUAUUUACAUAUGGUUUAUAAAUAAUAAUGUCAGUGGUAUUGCUUAUAGCUGUCACUUAAAAUAAGUAACCAAUUUUUGACCACUUAACUUCUCUUUCUUAUACAGUCUUUGAUGACUUAGGAGAAAUCACAAGACGUCAUUUUAAGGACUUGCAGACUCUUGUGCGGCAGAGAAGAUUGCAAGAAAUUGAACAAGCUUCACCACAGAAUCCAGUACAAUAUAAUACACAGCCCCAGGAUACCCAGUAUUACAACACUCGGCAGCAAAAACAGCAGACAAACUAUUACCAAACAGGACCAGUGCAGCAGUCACUUCAAGCAUCAGGCUACUCUGGCCAGUAUCAAUCUGGGAAAAUGUAUUAGUCUGCCUCAAUUUCAUUAAGACACAGACAUAAGGGCAGCCAUGUGGUCUUUUUUGUAAUGAUUUUCAUGAGGAAGAAAAUGCACCUGUAAAUUGUAAGAUGAUAAUUGGUAACAUUUUUCUAGGUUGGAUACACUGUAAGCUCAACAGGUAUUAUAAAUUAGCACAUAAUUGAUGUUUUUCUAUUGUGAAAAUACUACUUCCAUAUAGCACUUGUAGGGAUGUGUUUAAUUUAACUCUGACUGUAAGAUUAU